CUUGGGCCCGACCCCAUUUAAAUUUCGGAAUAUUUUUCUCGGGAAACGAACAUUUCCCGACGAAAAGAACUCCAGCUCUCGUUACUUCAGAUUCUUGCAACUGGCAUUUGUGCAAAAUUUUCCCCCAAACCAAACAGUGGAAAAUCCCUCUUCUGCUCGAUGGCUCCUCCCAAGAAAUCCAAAAAAGCCAAACGAGAAUCGAAGAAAUCGAAGAAAUGCAAAAGCAUGAGCGUAGUUCCAAUAGAGCCCAGAGCCACUGAAUCUGACUGGUGGGACAGUUUCUGGCAAAAGAACUCUCCAAUCCCAGGUUCAGCCAUACCCACCGACGAGGCAGAAGGAUUCAAAUUCUUCUUCAGGGUGUCAAAGAAGACAUUUGACUACAUCUGUUCACUUGUAAGACAGGAUCUUGUGUCAAGGCCGCCAUCGGGUCUCAUCAACAUUGAGGGAAGGCUUCUUAGUGUGGAGAAACAAGUUGCAAUUGCCCUGAGAAGGUUGGCAUCCGGUGAGUCCCAAGUCUCUGUUGGAGCUGCCUUUGGCGUUGGCCAGUCCACUGUUUCUCAGGUGACUUGGAGGUUCAUUGAAGCAGUGGAAGAACGAGCUAAGCACCAUCUCAGGUGGCCUGAUUUCAAUAGAAUGGAGGAAAUCAAGUCCAAGUUUGAAACAUCAUAUGGAUUGUCCAAUUGUUGUGGAGCCAUUGAUGCAACUCACAUCAUUAUGACCCUUCCCGCCGUUCAAACUUCAGAUGAUUGGUGCGACCAAGAGAAUAAUUACAGCAUGUUCUUGCAGGGAGUUGUUGACGAUGAGAUGAGAUUUCUAGAUAUUGUGACGGGUUGGCCUGGAGGCAUGACUGUGUCUAGACUCUUGAAGUGUACAGGAUUUUAUAGAAACUGCGAGGCUGGUGAGCGCUUGAAUGGGAACGUCAGAAUUUUAUCUGAAGGGGCGGAGAUCAGAGAAUAUGUUGUAGGUGGGGUUGGCUAUCCUCUCCUUCCAUGGCUCAUAACUCCUUGUGAGUAUAAUGACAUCCCAUCCUCCAUGUCGGGUUUCAAGACAAACCAUGAGGCUGCACGGUCGCUUGCAGUGAGGGCAUUCUCACAGUUGAAGGGCACUUGGAGGAUCCUUAGUAAAGUUAUGUGGAGACCUGAUAAACGGAAACUCCCAAGUAUUAUCUUGGUCUGUUGUCUGCUUCACAAUAUUAUCAUUGACAGUAAAGAUAAAUUGCAACCAGAUGUUGCUUUGUCUAGCCAUCAUGACCCAGGUUAUGGACAACAAUGCUGUAAGCAAGUUGAUCCAUUGGGAAAAGCCAUGAGAGAAAACAUAGCCAAACACUUGCAGCAUGGCAAAGAGAAGGCUCCAUCAAAUUGAUCAAUCUCCCUCGUCACUUCCAAAGCUUAAUUCUUUUGACUGUGUUGGCUCAACCUAUGUUUGAGCUCGAGCCUACUUAACAAGAUGUCCGGGCGAAGUUCCGAUGUGAGUUUCUAGACUCAGUUGAUGAGAGGAAGUACCUUUAAAAUGUUAAGGUUGUUAUGAUAGUGCCAUGGGUUCUGGUAAACUUCAUGAGUGUUAUAUCUGCUAUUGGUUAACAUUUCCUUUCUGAUGGAACACUCAGGGACAAUCUCAAUGGCUGUUCUGUACAAGUCCCAUGCAUGGGAGGGGGGAUGAACUACCCAACUAGGAUGUACCCACGCUGAAUGAGGAUUCAUUGUAAUCACUAUUGAACAUCCAUGAAAAUCAUUCUGCCUAGCCUUGAUAUGUUUCCUUUGCUA